AGAAGCCUUUGCAGGUCAGUUAUGCCCGUUACAUUAAAUAUGAAAAUGACUAUGCCUUCUUGGUUUGAUCUUAUUGGACUUUCACCAGAUUCACAGGAGGAUGAAAAUGGAAUCAAAGAAGCAACAGAAAACGUCAAGGCUUUGAUAGAUCAAGAGGUGCAGAAUGGAAUACCUUCUAACAGAAUUAUUUUGGGAGGAUUUUCUCAGGGAGGAGCUCUGUCUUUAUAUACUGCUCUUACCACACAACAAAAACUAGCAGGUGUCAUCGGGCUCAGUUGCUGGCUCCCACUGCGGUCCUCACUUCCACAGGGUCCUAUCAAUGGAGCUAAUAAAGAUAUUUCUAUUCUCCAGUGCCAUGGAGAUUGUGACCCUUUAGUUCCCCUAAUGUUUGGGUCUCUUACUGUGGAAAAGCUAAAAACAUUAGUAAAUCCAGCCAAUGUAACCUUCAAGACCUAUGAAAGCAUAAUGCAUAGUUCGUGUAAACAGGAAAUGAUGGAUGUCAAGCAGUUCAUUGAUAAGCUCCUACCUCCCGCGGAGUGA